AGCGAGGCGUCGAGGAAGGUGCACGCUGCUGCCGGUCGCUCCGUUCAUCAUUCUCUUUUUUUAUUAUCUCUUCCUUUAAAGACAUUCCUUUAGGAUAAAAUUUCCUGAGUAAAUAUGGCUGGUCACUCAGUUCCUGUGGACUUCAGGGUCAAUCCUGCAAAGAUCUCCAACCCUGUUGAGAGGAAAACUCUUCUCCAGGACAUGAUGCCAUUAAUUGAACCUUUUACUGGCUCACUCUCAGAGAUUUCUGUGUGUGAGGUGCCAGGUGGAAAUUUUGUUGCUCUCUAUGCUUCCGACACCAUGACAGUCUCAGUCAAGCUGUACUCCAAUGGUCUCGUCACGGCAACUGUUGAAUAUUACACCGACCAGGUCAACGAGCACAAGAUUGCUAAUGACCAUGGAAGGGCCUUGGAAAAGCAGCUCAUGGCAAAGUUUGGUUGCAGUGUGGCCAAGGUCUUACCAGCAAUCAAAAGGGCUCCCCCUGUCAACCCAUACUUUACAUCUUCAGAUGACAGGCUGCUUGAAUAUGAUGUUGAUGGUAUUGUCUUUGAGGAGCAGUCAGAAUUCCAGAAGGUGCAGAUAUACAGCACAAAGAGUUUUGGAAACAUCUUGGUCCUAGAUGACCUCCAAAACCUUGCAGAGCAGGACUUGCCAUACACCCAUGGUCUCAUGAACAAGGACAAGGAGGACUUUGCAGGGAAGGAAAUUCUGAUCCUUGGUGGUGGCGACGGAGCCCUUCUGUGGGAGCUGCUCAAGGAGAAGCCCAAAUUCGUCACCAUGAUUGACAUUGAUGACGUUGUGAUGAAAGCAUGUCGCAAGCACAUGAAGUCAGUUUGUGGCACUUGCAUGGACAACUAUGAUGGAGAGAACUACAAGAUAAUUGUAGGGGAUGCCAUUGCGUACAUGAAGGACUACAUAAAGGAGGGGAAACAAUUUGACUAUGUAUUUGGAGACCUCACAGAUGUACCCAUCUCCCCCACCCCUCGAGGGCAGCUCUGGGACUUCCUACGCACCAUUCUUGGUCUUGGGAUGCAGUGCGUGAAGCCGGGCACAGGAAAAUAUAUGACACAUGCCAUUGGAAUCCAGUGUGCAAGUGCUCUAAAAAUGUUCGAGGAGCAGUUUGAAGCCCAAGACAUCCCAGUGACUCUGACACGUACGAGCCAUUACGUGCCGUCUUUCAUGGAAUUCUGGUGCUUUUACCAAGCCACCCGCAAAGCAGCGUAGGGCAGGAUACAUAUUACUUAGGCUUGAUUUUGUUACAGCUAUACAAAAUGAAGUAUCGUGUUGCUGCUCUCCCUAGAUGAAGUAUAUACAUAAUGAAAUCUUUUAUA